AUGCUUUCCUUUCAUUUCGGGGAGACUCGGGGUCGACCAACAGAUGCUUCUUCCUAUGUGGUCCAUGGCAUUCAGAACCUCAGCUACCGGCGGCGCCAGGCGAACAACUGGACAGGACAGCUCAGCUUCUCUGCACUGGCCACAGUCCCGGCCAGAGCAGCAGCCCCCCAGCCACCAACCACCUCUGCUGCCCCCUCCCCUGCCAGCCCCCUCAGGCUUGCCACGACCCCGCCACUGGGGCUGAAGCACCUGAAAGUGGUGUCAGUACUGAGAGACUUGGUACCUAGAGCCUUGGGGCCAGCCCAGGCACGUGGGAUCUUCCUUCGGGCAGCUUGGUGGCCCCUCCAGGACCCGAGAGGGACCCAGACCAGCUCUAGCACUCACCAUCGCCUCUUGCUGUCUCUGAAACCGGGGCAAAGGCUCAGGAUGGAAGUCACCACUCCUGAUCGGACCUCGCAGGCCGCGCUGGUGGAAGUGGAGGACGAGGAGAGCCGGGCUCAGGACCGCCAGGAGUGCCCGCAGCAGCAGCAGCUGCAGCCCAGCCCCAAGCCUUUAGCCUCCACCCAGCCUGAAGCGAAAUACGUGCAGAUGUCUGCUUUGGGACCCGUCAGGAGGGAGAGCCCCCCAGCCAAGAAACUCACACUGGAGUCCCGUCUAGGGGAUCAGAAGAGCCCGAAGAAAAACACCCCGGAUGAGGCCAGCCGUGGGGAGGGAGACUGUGGUGCUCUGAAGAACUCUGCCUCCUCUGGAGGCAACAGCUCCCAGCUCUCCCUCCCCAAGGAGGCCACCGUCGGCUCCUCUUCCUCCUCCUCCCCGGUGGGCAAAGCAGAGGAUGAAGGUGUUCCCAAAAUGGAUGAUUCCACCCCAUCCUCCGAGACUCUGGCCACCUCAUCAUCGUCCUUAGGCUUUGAGAGUGAGCCCGAAGCCAGCUGCCUGCCCAGGGGAGAAGAAGGAGGGGCAGGAGCAGAAGGAGAGGGAGAAGGGAGAGAUGAUGAAACAGCGUGCAGGGCCAUGAUUGUCAAAUCUCAGGGCCACCGGGUCCCCCCGAAGAAUGAAGAGGCGCACUACAUCACCACGCACGAGAUCCAGCUGAGUGAGGUGGAGCAGGACAUGGAUUUCGACGUGGGGCUGGCCUCCCGGUGGGACUUCGAGGAUGACAACGUGAUCUACUCGUUCGUGGACUAUGCUUCCUUUGUUGGCAGUGACGAGACCCCAGGAGAUGUCACCACCCCCACGGAAGAGGACGAUGACAACAGCUGCUACCUUAGCACCAGUCCAAGCCCCACUAUCACCCGGACACCCAGCCUAACUAGCAGUGACCUGGCUCGUCCCGACGCAGGCAGCAGUGACCGCGACACCGGCAGCACGGAGGUGGGCGGUGGCCCCUCUGACAGUGACCCCACUCCCCCGCUCACGGGGCCUGGCUCUGAGCCCUUGCUGGAGCCCACUACCACCACCACCACCACCACGGCAGCCACUGCUGCCACCACCACUAGGAGCUGUGGGAGUGCAGCAAGCCAGAUCCUCCUAUCAAUCAAACCAACUUCCCGGACUAUAAAUGAGCCUAGCAACGUGCAUGCAAAGCAACACAUUCUCUACGCUGCCAAGCAUGAAGGCGACAUGAGCCUCCGCGUCUCUGCAGCUGCUGAACCCAAUUCAAGUUCUCUGAAGCACACCUCGGCUGCAGCUGUGGCUCAGGACCAUGCAAAGAAAUUCAUUGCUGUCCCUGCGCGCCUGCAAACCAGGUGCGGGGCCAUCCGGGCAAAGGAGCUGGUGGACUACUCCAGCGGGGCCUCCAGUGUGGUGAGCGAGCUGGACGAUGCAGACAAAGAGGUGCGGAACCUGACCUCCAGGGCUUUCCGGAGCCUCGCGUAUCCCUACUUCGAAGCCCUAAACAUCAGCUCUCGAGAGUCCUCCACCACCCUCUCCGAAGUGGGCUUUGGACGCUGGUCCACCUUCCUGGACUUAAAAUGUGGAGGUGUGGGAGCUAGGGUGGAGCAGAGCCUCCUGCGGAGCAGCGCGGCCUCGGUGGCCGCAGGCCUGAGGAAGGGUGGCCCGGCCAGGGGCACGGCAGAUCAGCUGUACAUCCAGUCCAAGAAGUCCCAGACCAAGGCCUUGGAGUUCGUGGUCAGCAAAGUCGAAGGGGAAAUCAAACAUGUGGAGACACCCUUGUGUUUCCAGAAACAGAUUCAGACGGGCUCCCGCGUUGUCACCCUCCUGGAGCCCCUGAAUUUACGCAGCGACAGCAAAGCCAGCUCGGCGACUGGACCUUGCAAGGCCACCAAAGGCCCCUCCAAGGGUCCGGGCUCGGUGUGCACGGAUGACAGCUCAGAGGCCUCCGAGAGCACCAAGCCCGCCUCCCGGGCCGCCGAUGGUUCCCAGAAGAAGUCCAAGUUUGCAUCCAGCCUGCUCAAAAAUGUCAUUUCCAAGAAGAUGCAGCGGGAACACGAGUUCAAAAUGGAGAGGGGAGAAGUCACAGACACCUCCCACCAUCACCCCCCAUCGGCUGCCUCCCGGGACGCCGAGGGUCCUGCAGGGGCUGAGAAGCAGCGGGACCGGGGUCUGCAGAGGCAGAAUUCCCACCUCUCCGAAGCCGGCUCUGAGUACACGGUGGUCAGCGUGUCUGAUGCAGGAGGAGAGGGAUCUGUGGCCGGCUCUGUGGCUGGCUCUAAAUCCCCCAUUUUCAAAGCCAGCACUCCUCGGGAGAGCAAUGCAGCUUCUGGCCGGAAUCUCCCAGAUGGCCACAUAGAAGUAUGUGAAAUUAAAAAGAGUGCAUCGGAGACCGUGAAGGGUAUCUUCCUUCGUAGCCAAAACAGUGCUUUCCGCUCUUGGAAGGAGAAAGAGGCUGAAAAACAGGAAGAGCAGGUACCCCUCGGGAAGCUGAAGCUCCUUAAAGGGGGAGACUGGAAGGCUGAUCUCGGGGAGAUCUCUGCCAGCAAGGCCACCAUCAUGUCUCGCCUGUUUGUCCCCAACAUCCAGCAGAUUCCCAAAGACAAUCAGCCAGGAAAGCAAGCCACCAAGUAUUGUGCGGCCCAGGCCACCUCCACGGCGGUGAUCAGGCCCAAGGCUCCCGAAAUCAAGAUCCGUCUGGGAAGUGUACAACAGCCCAGCUCUGACUUCAACAUUGCCAAACUGCUCACACCCAAACUGGCCGCUGGCACCGCCUCUAAUCUCUUUAAGACCAUUGAGGACAACAGCAGAGCACAGCAGAAACUCUUCCGCGGGGACAGUCUGGAGAAAGUGCCCCAGUUCCAGGUGAGAGAUGUCAGAGAGAAAUCUAAGCCUCAAGGGCCACUCCACCAGGUGAGAGAUGUCAGGAAACUAAUCAAAGGGUCAGGGGACAGCAGUGACAAGGGCAGCGUGACCCCAGAGCAGGGGCUGAUGGGACCUAAACCCAGGCAACUGGCUACUUCAGCCAGCGGGUCCAGAUCUUUAUCCCCUAUGGUGAUUACAUGCCAGGCAGUGGUGAACCAAAGAGAAGACAGCAUGGAUCGGGAGUCCAGGGAAAACGUGGGCAAAGGGGGUGGCGGCAGCAGGGUUCUGAAUUCCUCUUCCCCUGAAGGGACAGUGUUGGUUCACAGGGCAUCUGGAAGAUUGCCCGUGGCCACGAUCGCCCCCAAUAAACCCGAGCAGGGCUCAUAUCUGCCUGUGCUCAAGAUUGUCUCCAAGGCUUCUGCUCAGAAGACCCCGGAAAAACCCAAGGAUGAGGAUGUCAAGGAGGAAGGGAAAACCCCAAAGCCUGCGCGGAAUGCUCUGGAAAAGCUGACUGCUGCCGUGAGGUCCAUGGAGGAGCUGUACAGCUUCAACAGGAAUGAGUGGAAACGCAAAAGUGACCCUUUGCCUGUGAUGGUAGACAGCCACGUCCUGUCGCUCAUUGCCAGUGAGGAGAGAGAGGGUGGUGCAGGGCCCGAGGGAGACCCGGAGAAGCUGGCCAAACGCUUGGCUGAUGUGGAAGAACGGCCCCCGGGCAGCAAAGGAGGUGUGGUUCUGCGAGCAGCCCCCCUAGAACGUCUCCAGAGGAGGAACUCCAACCCCAGCACCGAGAGCGUGUCUGCCCGGGCAGCUGCCUUCGAGAACAUGGCCAGGGAAAGACCUCGAUCCCUCUAUAUUCCCCCUGUCCGCAAGGACUCAGACAGAGCCCCACCCUUCCAGCCGCUCCCACCCCUCCCUGGCAACAGGAACGUGUUCACGGUCAGUGCCAGCAGCACCCAGAAGACUGGGGGUGUGGCAGGCAAGUUCCCACAGGGGCUUUCUCCGGAGAGCCCUCCAGCUGCUAAGGGCAUCAAAUCGCAGGGACUGCGCUCCCUAAAGAUUUCUCCUGCCACCAGGGCACCCCCCGACGAGGCCACCCCCAGGAAAAGUGGCCUCGGUUUGGAGAAGAGCAACAGUGACUGUGAGAAUUACCUUACCAUCCCUCUUAAAGGAAGCUCUGCUGUGGGAGAACUGCAGGGCAGGCCUGGGGUUGCAAGAGAAGGGCCCCCCAUCUCCUCGGCUGCCACUCUGUGCAGCUUACCCCCCCUGAGUGCCCGCAGUCAGGUCCCCAACACCCCCAAAGGGUCUCAGGUCAGUGGAACCAGCAGGCCAGCUUGGCGUACCAAACCCGACACCGCCCGGGAGGCAGUAGCUGCUCCCACGGGGCCCCAAAGCCCCGAGCAUCCCCCCACUGCUAUCUACCACCAGCAGCAGCUCCCCUUUACCCUCCAGGGGGCCCAGCCACAGGUCCUUUGCUUCUCUCCACCUGGCAUGCCUGCCCCAGCACCUACAGGCCCCGCUGCAGUCCCCGCCGACCCCUUCCAGCAGCCACAGCCACCACAGACUCAGCGUAAGAUGCUGCUGGAUGUCACCACUGGCCAGUACUAUCUGGUGGACACCCCCAUUCAGCCCAUGACCCGGAGGUUGUUCGACCCUGAGACAGGCCAGUAUGUGGAUGUCCCCAUGACGUCACAGCAGCAGGCUGUGGCCCCCAUGUCCCUCCCCGUGCCCCCUCUGGCCCUGAGCCCUGGGGCCUACGGACCCACCUAUAUGAUCUACCCUGGCUUUCUGCCCACGGUGCUGCCCACCAACGCCAUGCAGCCCACUCCGAUUGCUCACACUCCAGGGAGCGGGGAGCUCUCCAUGGCCACGGAGCACCCCAACAAAGAGGCAGCUGCGACGUUCUCCGAGGCCCCCUAUUUCAUGGCCUCUGGUCAGUCUCCGGCCUCCUCUUCCUCCUCAACCCCAGCAGCUACAUCCCAGCUCGUGGGGGCCAAGGGCUUUGCCCAGCUGCACGGCAAACCUGUCAUCAGCAUCACUUCGCAGCCCCUGGGGCCACGGAUCAUCGCGCCCCCUUCCUUCGAUGGCACCACCAUGAGCUUUGUGGUAGAGCACAGAUGA